UUUUACCUUACUAACUAUUAAUUCGGUAUACAACAAGAUAAAGCAAAUGUAGCAAAUAAAUCAUUAAAUAAAUGGAUCCAUAUUAAUUAAAGUGGCGAUAUCAUAGUAUCUCCAACAGCUACUUAGACUAUUAAAACGACAAACAAUGCAAAAUAGGAUGUGAUCAAAUAUUGAACUAUUCUUUUAAUUGAAUCCACAAGAUUUCUAGCAAAUAAAAGUCCUUUUUAAAUAGAAAUAAUAUUGUCAUCCAAUAGGAUAAUCCCUGAAGCUUCUCUAGCAAUCUCAGUUCCGGCUAUUCCCAAACUAAACCCUA